AGAAUUCUUACUUAAAAAUAAUUUUUUUAUAUAAAAAAUACAGGUAAAAUGUCUUGUUUCCUUGCUUUGUGGCUUGAGACAUCUGGAAUUUUGUGAACACUAGGCAUCCUUGAUCUUUCACCCGUAGUUUUUGCCUGCUCUAGUGCCUCUUAUUUUCACCUGCACCUAGUCUAGAUCUUGUCGGUUAAUAUAGCAUGAAUGCUCGAAAUAGCUUCAACACUCCAUAAAAACUAAGAGCAAAUAAUUGAUCAACAUCUUGGGUUUUGUUCCUAAGAAUCUUGGCGGGACACUGGAAAUUGGUUUAAUUCGCAUCCAUAUCAGAAGGUUUAUAGAAAAUGCUAAAUAGAAAAAAUGGGUGAGGCGGAUUCCAAGCUUGUUUAUAUAUCAGAGUGACAUGGUAUGUCAGAGUUCCUAAGCUGAAUGGUAGUAAACAUGCCAAUUGAAUGUCACAUAUUUGCAGUCCUGUAAUGGCAAUUAAAACUGCGUGGCAGGAAUUGAUAUGACUUGAUAACAAUUCAGACAAGCUCUGAAAAUUCAUAUUUGCCAAUAAAUAUGUAUUUGGACGUUUAUGCUGCACUAUAAUGAAACGUUUAGUAAAUUCUGUCUCACUGGUAAUAUGUUGUAAGGAUUUUGAGUCCUCUUGAUUUAAAGCACAUUAUGAUUGAGCUGUUUCAUUGUUGAAACAAAAGAGCUUUAUUGACUUGGGGCCUUGACAUCUGCUUGAAAACCUUUACAAGGGUCAAAGGCCAGCAUUAGUUUGGCCAAACUCAUUUUGGAACCUUGACCAUUUGAUAUUUGCCCAUGGUACAAGUAUGUAUUGGAUCUUUCACAGAGCUGAGUUCCAAAUACAUCUCACCGGGAGGUGAUUAAAAGAGAGUAAUUUGAAUCUCCCUUUAGGAAGGCAAAAAUCUAAAUUUUAAGACAAGUUCCAAAUGGAAAGAAAAUCCCUAGUUCUAACGUUAUUAUUUCUUCCUUAGGAAUACAGGAUACUUUAUAUCCCGGAAUACAGGAAAAUCAACAAAGUGGAGUCAAGUACAUGCAGCAGCUUCAUGGGCUUGAAGGAUCACUUGAGACAUGACCUUGGCCACCUCUAUGAGGACAGCACUGAGACUCAAAUAAGUGCCAUUGCACCUUGGUCAAUGGUAGAGAAACCAACCAUGGAUAAAGUUAACUCUAGAAAGGAGGAUGCUAACAAGGAGACUUCUGAAGAAACUGGAAGCUCCAGUUGUGAUUCUGAGGAGAGCACAAAUUCUGAUAAUGAAUUGGAACGACCAGCUAUAAUUGGACCAGAAUCAUGCUUCUUACCUAAGACUCACAGGCCACUGUGCAGGUCUCCUUGCUUAGAACCGCAUAUAUUAAAGCGCAAUGAAAUAUUGCAAGACCUUAAGCUGGAGGAAGCUCAGAUAGGGUCUAAAGAACUUAAGAAACCUCCUGACGUGGUGAAAGAGUAUCAAACCAAACUGGAGUUUGCACUUAAGUUAGGUUAUUCUGAGGAACAGGUUCAACUUGUCCUGAAUAAGCUUGGUACUGAUGCUUUAAUCAAUGAUAUAUUGGGAGAACUUGUCAAACUUGGAAAUAAAACUGAGACGGAUCAGAGUGUGAGUAACAUUAACACUAGCCUAAUGCGAGAAGCAUCUUCUGUCGAGUCUCAGAGAUCUGACUCCCCGCUUCCGGAAGAUGUGCCAGUGGAUGGUGAUAACCUCAGACCUAUAGUUAUUGAUGGCAGCAAUGUGGCAAUGAGCCAUGGAAACAAAGAAGUAUUCUCUUGUCGGGGGAUCAAACUGGCAGUGGACUGGUUUUUGGAAAGAGGCCACAAAGAUGUCACGGUGUUUGUACCAGCGUGGAGGAAAGAACAGUCCCGACCGGAUGCUCUCAUCACAGACCAAGAAAUCCUGCGUAAAUUAGAGAAAGAGAAAAUUUUGGUGUUCACCCCAUCCCGCCGUGUUCAGGGGAGAAGGGUGGUGUGCUAUGAUGACCGGUUCAUAGUAAAGUUGGCCUUUGAGUCGGAUGGCAUAAUUGUGUCAAAUGAUAACUACAGGGAUCUUGCAAAUGAAAAGCCAGAAUGGAAGAAGUUCAUUGAUGAACGGCUGCUGAUGUAUUCAUUUGUCAAUGACAAAUUUAUGCCUCCUGAUGACCCCCUUGGCCGCCAUGGCCCAAGCCUGGAUAAUUUUCUGAGGAAGAAACCUAUUGUACCAGAACAUAAGAAGCAACCAUGUCCAUAUGGGAAGAAAUGCACUUAUGGACACAAAUGCAAAUACUACCACCCAGAAAGAGGAAAUCAGCCUCAGAGGUCAGUAGCGGACGAGCUUCGUGCCAUGUCCAGGAGCACAGCUGCCAAAGCUGCUAGCGAAGGAGGUCUGGUGAAAAGCAACAGCGUCCCUUGCAGCACUAAGAUAGAUAGCACUUCGGAUCUCAAGCGAGCCACUCCAAAGAGGCAGUCAGAUCCUAGCAUAAGGACUCAGGUCUACCAAGACUUGGAGGAAAAGCUUCCCACCAAAAACAAGUUGGAAACCAGGUCUGUACCUUCCCUAGUUAGUAUACCGAACUCUGCUGCUGCAAAACCCCAAAGUACUGCACCUUUGAGCAAUGGCCUUCCCUCCGGAGUUCAUUUCUCACCUCAGGAUCAAAGAGCGCAAGGGCCGUAUCCUCCAGUGUUGAUGGCAACCAAAAACCACGGAACGCCAAUGCCUUACGAGCAGUAUCCCAAAUGUGACUCUCCUGUGGAUGCCAGCUACUAUUCUAUGCUGAACGCAUACUCGAACCUAAGCAUCUCUGGCCCGCGAAGUCCCGAAAGGCGUUUCUCUCUGGACACAGAUUACAGGAUUAGCUCUGUAGCGUCCGACUGCAGCAGCGAAGGGAGCACGAGCUGUGGCAGUAAUGAUUCCUACAUGGGCUACAGCGACCGGUCCUAUGUGAGCUCUCCCGACCCCCAGCUCGAAGAGAACUUGAAGUGCCAGCAUUUGCACCCCCACAGCCACCUGAACUCCCAGCCCUUCCUGCAGGGCUACCACGAGACGCUGAGCAGGGUGCAGAGCUACAGUCACGAAGAACCAAAGCACCACCACAAAUCUCCGCUUCCCUACAUGGCGGUCCACCUCCAGCAUCCCACUGUCGGCGCUCGGUCCAGUUGCCCCAGUGACUACCCAGCUCCCCAGAGCUCGCCCCGCUCCAAGGGCAUACAUCUGGGGAGAGCCCUCGUGUCUACCCGAGUAGACAGCAUAUCUGACUCGCGUUUGUACGAUAAUUCCCCGCUAAGGCAACGGAAAAGGUACUCCGGCCAAGACGGGCUCAGCAGCUGGGACAGGCAAGGCUACGGGCUUGACGCGUACGGCUACCGCCAAACUUACUCCUUGCCCAGCAACCCCAGCCAGCCGUGUUACGAGCAGUUUGCCUUCCAAAGCUUGCCUGAGCAGCAGGAGCAGCCUUGGCGGAUCCCUUACUGUGGGAUCCCCCAGGACCCGCCGCGGUACCAGGAUAACCGAGAGAAGGUCUACAUCAACCUGUGCAACAUUUUCCCUCCCGAUCUUGUGAGAAUUGUCAUGAAAAGGAACCCUCACAUGACGGACGCUCAGCAACUCGCUGCAGCCAUUUUGGUGGAGAAAUCUCAGCUCGGUUAUUGAGGCCAUGGCGAUGGUGAUGCAUCUUUGCGGUGUCUUAAUAGUUCCGUUUCAGCUGUAACGCUGAGGGAGGUUUGCUACAAUAGCAUGUGUGAUCUCCUUCUCAGCAAGGAGGUUAUAUAGUAAUCCAUUUAUGUGAAAUAACUGUGCCAUGGAAUCUCUAUGUGCAACCCCGUGCAUUGGAAAUGACAGGUUUUAAUUUAAAUUCUCACUUGGAUUUUAUUUUAUUUUUAAAGGAUAUUUCAUGACUGGAUAAGAAUCUUUCCAGUUUAAUAUAUUAUUAUAUCUGUGGUCUCUUAAUACGUUUCUUUGGUGCAUCCGGGGGGGGGGGUUAUAUGCAGCACUUUUUCUAACGUCGUUACGUGUUUAUUAAAUUAAUGGGUGUUUUUGUCCUUCAAAGUGCAAAACAAGUUUUCUUAAAAACAAAAAGCUGCAGAAAACUAAAGAGGAUUUUAUGCACCCAGCAAAUGGUUUUUUUUCGAGCCAAGCUUAUUAUGAACUUUUUAAAAAUUGCAAUUAAGUUAUUUUAUUGUGUGAUCUUUUUGCUAUAAUCAUUUUAUUUAUAGAAAACAAAGGUCUUUUACAGCACUGACUAUUUUUUAAAACAAUGUUUUGAGUUACCAGUUUUAACGUUGAAAUGGGUAACAGUGUAUUAUUAGUACUUUAUAGUAUGGCACUUUUUGUUGGUUUUUGGUUUUAAGUGACAUUAUUUGUUUAUCACUGUUAAUUUUUGGUGCACGCAAAAGCAAUCACUGAUGGAGAAAUCUGCCAUGAUUAAUUUAUUAUGUAGGAAGGCAAAAGCCUUAGAUGCAGAUUUUGAAGAUGUCGCGCUCAUCCAACUCACAUUGUCUAGAAUUAGGCUACCAAUAUAUCAGUUUAGGCAACUACCUUAUCCACACUUUCAUGAGUCAUAAACUGAGAUUUGUUUUUGUCGUGUCUCUUGCUCCUCUAAUUAAUGUGCAGGUAUACUGGACAAAAUGUGUUUUUUCAUACCUGUUUUUAAAUGAAACUAAUUGUUCUCAAUGCAAAUUUUUUUUGUAUAUAAGAUACUAUGUAUUUUUCAUGCUAUUUAUCAAGGCUGGCCUGAGAAGCUUUUAUGUUGUGUUGACGAUAUGCAACAUUUUUUUAUAAACUGCACUAUAGUAUAAUAUAGCAUUGUAUCUGAGAACAGUCCAUCCUUUUUGUAAAAUACUGUAGAUGUUCUCAAAGUUAGUUAGUCUGGCCUGCUGUAUUGUGCAGGCAUGGCUCUUUCCGCAAACAACAUAGAUUUAGAAGCAGACAGAGCCGUCUCUUCUAGUGUUAGUAAGGAAGAUUUCUGGUUUUUAAGUCGUGGGUUCUGCUAGCUCUUCUAAAAUGUAAUCUUGCAUAGAUAGAAUAGUACUAGAUCUUGCAGGCAGUAACUUAUACAUAGUGAGCGUAAUCUUACACACUAGGAUUCCCUGCAGAAUCACCUAAUGUGAUGUUUUCCUAGUUUAGCCUUCAGCAACCUGGCUCCUUCCAGAUGUUUUGUACUUCCAGCCCCAGCC